AUGCCCGUGCGAAGCAGUCGGGUGGUGGCGGCGCUGGUGGCGGCGCUGGCGGCGUCUGCGUGCGCGUCGCUCGUGCAGCCGGCCGCGGCCGGGGUGGGCCGGUGGCAGGCGCGGGGGACGCAGUGGGCGCGCGCCGCCGCGGUCACCCGCCUGCCGCUCGAGGUGCUGCCCAGGCACUACGCCCUCACCGUCGCGCCCUACUUCCAGCCCGAGGGCGGCUUCCAGAAGAACCAGUUCCAAGGACACGUCGCCAUCGACGCCGUCGUGAAUGACGCUGUCGGGAACCUGACGAAUACGAUCACCCUCCACGCGGCCAGCAGCCUCGACUUCGAUAAGGACACUGUGAACGUCGUCCAGUACCAGCAAGACCCUACGAGGGAGACCUACGUCGCCGUGACGUCAGUGGAUCGCGACAAUGCGACGGAGACGGCGACCGUCCGGCUGGUGGCGGAGGUGAGCGGCGAGGUUCGCAUCGAGAUCUGGUACACGGGCCAGCUGGCCGAGGACAUGGACGGCUUCUACGUCAGCACGUACGAGGUGGCAGGAGAGACGAGGUUCCUGGCUGCGACGCAGUUCGAAGCGACCAGCGCGCGCAAAGCCUUCCCCUGCUUGGACGAGCCGGCGCUCAAGGCCACGUUCAGUAUGGUCAUUUACCCUCCUCACAACUACAGUGCGCUCUUCAACAUGGACCCCAUUCCGGCUCCCACAACAACAACAACAACAACCACGACGACGCCGACGCCGCAAACGACUGAGGAUGAUUCGCCUCCACUGCGCAGCUGGCCUGCACCGAGGUCACCUGCGGCAGCAGCUGCGGUAGCGAACCGGACGCCGGUAUACUUUGGGACGACGAAUCCGAUGUCGACGUACCUGGUGGCGUUCGUAGUGUACCACGAGGAGACGUUCGGCGCGCUGGAGAGGAAAGCCACCGAGACCGAGGGUCCGAUCCGCGUGUGGUCCAGGGCGGAGCUGGCUGCGCAGCGCGGGUUCGCGCUGGACGUGGCCGCCGCCUCGCUGGCCGCGUACGGCCGCCUCUUCCCGGACUACUUCCUGCACAUGAACACCAAGAUGGACCAGGUCGCCAUUCCGGACUUCAGCGCCGGCGCCAUGGAGAACUGGGGGCUCGUCACCUACAGGGAACGCGGGGUGCUGAUCGACGAGGCCGAGAGCACGACCGAGUCCCGGCGCAGCGUCGUCACGACGGUGGCGCACGAGCUGGCGCACCAGUGGUUCGGGGACCUGGUGAGCCCCGACUUCUGGAACGUGCUGUGGCUCAACGAGGGCUUCGCCACCUACUGGGCCUACCACGCCGACCUGGGAAGCAUCAUAGAGGGAUGGCAACUACGUGACCAGUUCCUGGCUGAAGAGUUUACGGGGGCCUUGGAAUCUGACGCGGCAGCAGACACGCACCCGAUGACCACAGAAGAAAACACCACGGCCCCCUUCGAUGACAUCACUUACAACAAAGGAGGCUCCAUCUUGCGCAUGUUCAGCAGUUGGCUCGGUGAGGACGUGUUCUACGAAAGACUCAACGAGUAUCUUAUUUCUCACAACUACAGCAGCGCGCGGCCGGCGGACCUGUUCGAAGCGCUGGCGCCGGGCGAGCCGCAGCUGCAGGAGCGCAUGGCCUUCUGGACCUCCACCGCCGGCUACCCCGUCAUCAACGUCACCAAGGACGGCAGCCGGCUGCAGCUGAAGCAGUGGAAGUUCCAGCUGACGCCGUCCGGGGAUGGCGAGGCCGCAACGCCGUGGCCCAUCUUCAUUACGUUCAACAACGGCUCCCUGCUGGGCAGCGACGACGUGAUGCAGAGCGUGUGGAUGCUCGACGACGAGAUGGACAUCACCGUAGGUCUGGCGGAGGGAGAACUGAUACUCCUCAACUACAAAUGGACCGGUUUCUACCGCGUCAACUACGACAGGAUCGGCUGGCAGGUGGUGCAAGCCCAGCUGGUGUCCGACCACCUGGUGGUUCCCCGGGAGACGCGCGCCCAGCUGGUGAGCGACUCCUUCAACCUGGCGCGGUCCGGGCACCUGCCGUGGGGGCCGCCGCUCGACAUCUCCCGCUACCUGAGCGAGGAGCGGGACUACCUGCCCUGGGCUGUCGCCUUCCGCAACUUCGACUUCCUGGACACAGCCCUCGCGCCUUCCGAGUACUACUCCUCCUUCAAGGCGUACAUGCGGGCCCUGCUGGCGCAGCCGUACGCCGCGCUGCGCUUCGAGGUGCUGCCGGACGACGACCACGCGGCGCGCCUGCUGCGGGUCGCGGUGCUGCGGCACGCCUGCCGCGUCGGCUACCCGCCGUGCCUGCAGGCCGCCGCCGACCUGGCCGCCGUCGCCUUCCCGGAGGGCGGGCAAAACGACGGCGACGGCGACGGGGCAGCCAGCGUGGAGCCGGACCUGCGAGGCACGGCGUACUGCGUGUGGGCGCAGGACGGGGACUUGUGGGGCAGGCUGUGGCAGCGCUACCUCGACACCGCGGUGGCCACGGAGAAGGUGGAGCUGCUGAGCGCGCUCGGCUGCUCCCAGGACAACGCCACGCUCUACGCGUAUCUGAGGAACGCACUGAAUGCUAGCCUGGUGAGGCCCCAGGACUGGACUACGGUGUACGCCGGCGUCUACUCGACGCCGUUCGGCCUGCAGGUCGCCAUGGACUUCAUCGAGACGCGUGCGGCCGACCUCUCCACACAGCCCAGCGUUUUGCAGAAGAUCAUCAGUGGACUCGCUGGGAAAGUGGUGACAAACGAACAACUGAAUCAGCUGAGGUCCCUGUCCAGUGUGCCAGACCUGCAGGCAGUGGACGCCACCAUCCAGAGUGCCAUCAGCAAGGCGGAGCAGCAGGUGGCCUGGGGUGAGGCCCACGUGCCAGAGGUGGGGGCCUGGCUCGACAGCGCAGUCACCAGAGGGUCACCGGCAGCCGUCUCCACGACCCUGCGCCUCCUGCUGUCUGCCGUCGGGAGCAUCGUGUUAGCUUUGCUCAACUAGGUUCCGUAACUGGAGAAGCACGAUUUUAAGUUCGGAGAUAGGGGGUAGAGUAGUCGCCCAGUGGUGGAAACCCUCAGGUGUUUAUAUGUUUCGCAACAAAAAAUUCUUAUUGAAAAACUAUAUCCCUUUAAAGUUUGUAACAGAUAGUAGAACAAAGGAGAACAAAAAUGUGUUAAGCCAGAUAAAGGAAACAAAAGUUAACAUUUAGUGUUCAGUUUCUUUUCUUCUUUGGACCUAUACAGACGAACAUAGGUUCACACUUAAGCCACUAUGACAGUUCUACACUAACACUCCUUUAGCUCUCCAGUUUUUGAUUUCCUCUUUUCCUUCCGUGAUUCGUAGGAACAGUUUCAUUCAGGGAACUUUCUCACAUAUUGACUUCAUUUCCACAUAUUGUUGUGUCUCCAAUUUCUCGAUUACUUAUACAAUUAUUUCAAGAUGCCCAUGUACUCCAGUAAGUCAGUCGGGGUUUAUCUUUGAAGUUUUAAUGUAUACCAUUUUUCUUUUUUUGUCUAUUAGGAUUGGGGGAGGGGCAUAAAAUUCUUAAGUAAACUAAAAUCUACAUUGUGACGACCAAACAAACACAGGCUAUACAGCAAUUGCUAAAGUCUUUGUAUUGCCUCAGUGCAGGCAACCACGGAGUGGUACAAUUGGUACAAUUGGCUGAACACGUGAUUCACCAGAAUCGUGGGAAAUCACUUUGAGAAGUAUAUGAGAAUUUUAUGAUGAAUAAAUACUCUGUACUCCAGAUUGCAAGAUAGGUGGAGGGAGGAGCAAGUACCCCCUUCUUGUUUCCCAUUUCAGACACCUGUGCUAGGACUCUUCCUUAGGGAGUGCUUGCAGACUAUCAGUAAUCCUAUCUGUAAUUUUUUCCCACUUGUUUGUGUUUGUCUGUGUUACUUCUUGGUUUGAACUCUGCUACUCGUCAUCUAUUUCCUUUUCUUUUCUUUUAUUUUUCAUCAUGUUUGCGCUGUAAAUUAACACAUCCAGCGCAGCUACUUACUAUUUGGAGAAAACAAGUUUCUUUUCAUUUUUUACAUUAUCUAUGACACAACCACACGAGCAUUUUAGGAUGCCAUAACUGAUUCCUGCCAGCCAGUGGCCGUCUUCAGACUAAAGACACACAACACCGAGCACUUUCUGUUCUCAUAUUUGUAAGCACUAAUUUUGCUCCAUAUCUAAAUAAAUUAUGGGAAAAGAUAGCAAAAAUGUACAUUUCCAUGGAAACACCCAACAAAACCCUCAUGAAUCAGAAAAAUACAGAAACUAACAAUACAGUACCUCCAAGCAGUGCACACAAAUCUCUGCUAGACCAUAAACUAAAGUUUGUAAAUUUAUAUAUGUGUGAAAUAAUUGUAUACUGCUGACGUAACUGUUGAAAGCAGUGGUUUGAAAAAGUCUUUGUCAAAUAUUCAACAUUGGUGCCCAUGUUUGUCAAACAUCUAAGCAUCUUAGAAAUUUAAAUUAGUCUUCUCUGGCUUCUUUCUCUAGAUUUAAGCAUGUUCCGUUUAAACUUCUUGUUCAGAAUAAAAAUUACGCAGAAAUAAGUUGGUUAGUGUGUACUAUUAAUUAUAAAGCACUAUGUGAUGUUGAUGUUAAUUUGUCCUUACAAAUAUCUGUAUUGCUUCCAGAAAGGAAGUCCAUAAAAGUAUUACAAACUGAGAGUGGAAAUUUAAGUAUUAAUUCUCUCCUCCCACUCUGCAACAUUAAGUUUUAAUGGGUCCUUAGUUUUUAGUACUAAAAUUCUCAAAAUAUGUUCGCUAACACUGCGUUUUACAAAGUCGCUUAUGUCAUGAGAUUUAUUAUCUGGGAGAUGUUAACGUGUAUAUAAGUUCUUUAAGAAACUACAAACGAAAAGUUAGGUUCAGUUCUUGUGAAAAGUAUUUUGGAACUACGAAAUGAUUUACGUUCAAGUAUCGAUUAGUAGC